AUGGAAAGAAAUUUGAAGAGUUUUACAAGACAAGGUCAUUGCUUCUUUACACUAUUUUGGCUUAUGAAAAGGUUUCAUAGGAAUACUCUUCUUUCAGAUAGUGGGGGCGACCUGUAUUGGACCCCAUUUGGUGGGCACAGCAGAUCUGCAUCAGUUCCAUGUUGCCUGAUCUCAAGAGCAUGGCACACAGAAGGUGCUCAUGAGCUGGCAGCGGGAGGAGUGAACAAAUGCCAAGCAGCCAUGAGAUCCAGCCGUCCUGAGCCGGAUGCCCCGGAACCCCUCAGUGCUCACCCUCAGCCCCUGUCCCGAAGUUCUUCCAGCCUGCUGGGUGAAGGCCGGGGGCAGAGGCCAGAGUAUCGCAAGAGAGCCAGCAGUGUUGUAUGGCAGGCCCAGCUUGGUGAGGCCAGCACUGGCGCCCAGGUCCCGGAGGCGGAGGGGCAGCAGGCUGAGCGCGUGGAGCAGGCACGAGCCUCCAGCCCCCAGCUGCAGCCCAGCGCCGUGGGCCACUGGCGCAGCAGCACUGUGGGCAACGUGUCCACCGUGGGCGGUAGUGACCUGAGUCACCCGCGGGACCCUAGCGCUGCCGCUAUGCAGAGGAGCCACUCGGACCUGGUUCGCAGCACCCAGAUCCGGGGUCACAGCGGUGCUCAAAAGGCCAGCCUCAGCUGCUCAGCCCUGGGCAGCUCGCCUGUGCAUAGGGCUCGGCUGCAGCCCAGCAGCACCUCGGGCCAGAGUGGCCAGACCCCUGCAGGCUUGGAAAGGGACCUGGCUCCGGAGAGCAAGACUUCAAACUCAGCCUGGACACUGGAGAGUCAGGUGUGGGUGCCACCAGCUGCCUUGGGAGGCACAGUGACCCACAGCAGCAGCCCCAAAGCCACUGGCCAGUCGGCCACCACCUCCUGCCACGCUUUGUCUCCAGCAGCCCCGCUCUGUGGCACAAGGGAGAUGGGGGCCAGCAGCUGCUGCUAUGGCUUGCCUGCCCCGGGGAUUCUGGCCUUUCCCAAACUAGUGGCGUCAGUGAGUGAAUCUAGGCUGCAGGCUCACCGUGGGGUGAAACUCCGGUGCACGUUUCCUGGGGGGCUUCCUAGGCACUCCCACUGCUGUGCCCACCCUUGGGGUCCCACAGGGUUAGCCAUGGAGCCUAGUGCCAGGACCAAGGACAUGUGGACCAUGACCUCAGCGAGUGACUUGGCCCCAGUCUUGGCUUCCCCUCUGUCAGCCCAGGAUGCAGGUGUCCAAGCAGCCCCCAAGGCCGUCUGCAAGGCAGUGGCCACUAGCCCGCCUCUGGAAGCCCCUGUGGCCCUGCACCUGUUCCCGGAGGUGACUCUGGAGUCCAGCCUGGCAGUGGCGCCAUCUCCUGUGCGGGACGUACGAUGGGAUGCUGAGGGCAUGACAUGGGAGGUCUAUGGAGCUGCAGUGGACCCUGAGGUGCUCGGUGUGGCCAUCCAGAAGCACCUAGAGAUGCAGUUUGAGCAGCUGCAGCGGGCCCCUGCCAGCGAGGACAGCCUGUCUGCUGAGGGUAGGAGGGGGCCACUUCGAGCGGUCAUGCAGUCCCUGCGGCGCCCCAGCUGCUGUGGCUGCUCCAGUGCAGCCCCCGAGUGA